UGUCAGUCGAAACUGUCAACACACGAGACGCAAGGGAGAAGUGAAACUGUACGCACGACGCGAGUGAUUUGGAUUUUUGGUGAUUUUCCGUGAGUUUUCCGCGAAUUUUGCUGUGAAUCAGUGGGAGUAGUGUCCGGCCUUCGCCAUGUCCAAGAACGAAAACCGGGAAGCGACCAUCCGGCAGCUGUACACCGAGUUGAACAAGCAAGGUUCCAAUGGGGAGUACGAGAAAGCCCUGAAGUCGGCCAACAAAAUUCUGGCCUUGGACCAAAACGAGCAGAAGGCGCUCCAGUGCAAGCUCGUUUGCCUGAUUCAGCUGUCCAAGUUCGAAGAGGUGAUCAAGUUUCUGGACCGUACGCAACCUCCGUACGAUUGCACCUUCGAACGGGCGUACUGUGAGUACCGGCUGAACCAGCCGGAGGCCGCUUUGAAAACGAUCCAGAACAGCGGCAUCAAGCAGCUGCCACCGAACCUGAAGGAACUGAUGGCACAGAUUCUCUAUCGUUUGGAAAGGCACGAGGAAUGCUACGAGCUAUACAAGGACAUCAUCAAGAACACCAGCGAUGACUACGACGAUGAACGAACUACCAAUCUGAGCGCCGUAGUUGCCAAUCUUUGUGUGGACGGUUCCAAGAAGGAGCUACCUGUGCUGCGUGAGGAUACGUACGAGCUUACGUACAACGCAGCAUGUGCCCUGGCCGGAAAGCAACAAUUCCCGGAGGCCGAGAAGAAGCUUCGUACUAGCGAGAAGCUUUGCCGGGAAUUUCUCGAAGAAGAUGGUGCCACCGAGGAGGACAUCAUGGAUGAAUUGGCAAUCAUCAAGGUACAGUUGGCUUAUUGUCUGCAGAUGCAAGGUAAGUCCAAGGAAGCUUCCGUUAUCUACGCGGAUGCGUUGAAACACAAAACUAAUGAUCAGGCCUUGACGGCUGUGGCCAGUAACAAUUUGGUGGUCACUAACAAAGAUCAGAAUGUGUUCGACUCGAAGAAGAAGAUGAAGGCAGCUACUUCGGAACAGGCAGAGCAUAAGCUAACUUCUAAGCAGAAAAAGGUUAUUGCAUUCAACAAUUGUUUGUUGGCUUUCUUCACCAACCAAUCGGAUUGUCACAUGUUGGCCAGUCGUUUGGGCAAUUCUUAUCCAGACUUAGAAUUCCAAUCGUUGUUGAUUCGUGUCAGUCAGCUGGCACGAGAUAAGAAGUAUAAGGACGCCAUUGAGCUAUUGGAAACAUAUUCCAAAAAGCAACCGAAGCAAGAGCUAGAGGUCAAGUUUGCUGUUGUUCACCUUCAGUUGCUUGCUGGUAAUAGAAAGGCCGCCGUAGAAAUCCUAGAGAGCCUCGGCGAAGCCAAGUAUCGCCCGGGAGUUGUAUCCGCUUUAGUAACUCUCUAUUUGGGUCUUGACAACAAGAAUGCUGCUUCCGCUAUCCUGAAGAAUGCCGUCGAUUGGUACAAAAAGAACAAGUCUACCGCUGGCGGUGACCUCACCGAUAUGUGGCGUCAAGCUGCUAGCUUCCAUCUGCGUGGCGGCGAAUCCGAAACCGCUGCCAAGAGUUUGGAAGAGCUCCUGAAGACCAAUCCUUCUGAUAUGAAGAUCCUUGCCCAGCUUGUAAUCGCUUACGCCCAAUUCAAUCCAAAAAAGGCCCAGGAAGCUAGCAAGAAACUUCCCGCUCUUGAAACGCUUACCACGACGUCGGAAAUCGAUGCUUUGGAAGCCACUAACUGGAUGAUGAUUGCCAAAGCGGUCAAAAAGAAGAUGCCCGCUUCGGGCAAAACGGACCAAUCACCGGGUACGCCGAGCAGCGAAAUCGCCAAACAGAAGAAGAAAACCGUCCGCAAACGCAAGGGCAAACUACCGAAGAACUACGACGCCAGCGCGGUUCCGGAUCCGGAACGGUGGCUGCCACGCUAUGAACGUUCCGGAUAUCGCAAGAAGCGCGAUCGCCGCGUGAAGGAGAUCAUCAAGGGCAGUCAGGGAACGGCCUCUGGACAGGCGGACCAAUAUGACAUGAGCAAGGCCUACAAUCAGACCAAGCAGUCUCCAGCCACACCGGCUGCGCAUGAGAUGCCUGCUUCCGGACCUGCUCCCAGGCAGCUGCCGAGAAAGAGCCAGCACAAGAAGAAGAAGGGCAAGCAUUAAGUUGGCGCUGUUUUCGUAAUGCAUUUACGUGAGUAUGUUCUAGGGGUGAACUGUGCUGGGAAUAAAAUGUUGCAUCAGAAAUAAGAGUUCUAUCGUGA